GACUACGAGAGUCCCCUCCCGGCACAAUUUGGGCUCUAAUUACGUCUUCGAAGUUCACUCUGCAGCAUUUCCAAGCACGUUUACUUUCCCAGACUCUUCUAUCAACUUCUAAAAGGUAAUUCACCGACCCUAGUGUCAUCCCGCCCAGAAACGCCAUGUUAUGAGUGGCCCCACUUCUUUCAUUUCAGCAGAUACGCUACGGGCUCUGCUGAGUGGGGGAGUGGCUACGAUACUGGUUGUCUUCAGAAGGGUUCUACAUGCGGCGAUGAGUUUGGAGUUUGCCAUCGAUGUUAUGACUAAAGAUCUCGAAAUGGAGGGCACUUUCGUCAAAUUAGUCCAAAGGCUUUCGAUGCAGAAGGGUUCUUUGCAGGAUUCGACGACCAUAGACGGGCUCAAACGAUUUGGUGAUCUCACGAUUGAUAUCUAGCAGGUAUCACGGCUUGCGGAGCGCGGGUCUGGCUCUUCAAAAGAAGUGGAACAGUAUGGCCUACAAGAAACAACUGAAUAGAGCGCGGGCGCAUGAAGAG